GGCUGCAGAAAUCCAAAGAGGAGCCCUGUGUUACUAUAAAGUUCCAAUAUGUCCAGCUUCUGCCACACAUCAGAGAAUCUCUACUCUGCAGGGAUGAGGAGAGGGCAAUAGCUCUCGAGUGGCAUGGGAAAUGGCAUCCCAUCAACAGAAAACAGAGCUUCUGUCUCUGGCUGUCCGACCCAGAAUUAUACUUCGUUGGGCCUCCCUGAGCCUGCGGCGUGGCCUGCUGUAUUUGGAAUUCACUGGUCGGCAGGAGCUGGGGACACAGGCCUGGGGACAAGGGUGAGCCUCCCAGACUGAGACUAUCGAAAAGGCGGUCCCCGAGGGACUGCUGGGAAGAGAGAGAUGGGAAGGUUGAACAGGUAAAGACCAGCGAGUUUCCCCUACAGAGUGACCUUGAAACCAAAGGUGAGCAAGAGCAGGCCGCAUCAGAGGGCAAGGGGGGGACGUCGGGGCAGAAGGAGCGGCAGGUGCACAAAGUUUGGGGUGUUGGAGGAAACAAUGAGCAAUGCGGAGAGCGGGGGAGGGGCCCGGACUCUCAGGGGCCGCCAUGGGGUGCCAAGGGGACAUGUCUCAGUGUGGGUUAGGAUUUUGUUCCAGGCCAGGAAAGAGGGGAGAGGUGUGAAGCGACAUGAUUCAUGUUUUCAAAAGCUUGAGCCGCAAGAGGACCAGACUGGGGGUGCCCUCCUCCUCCUCGGGGUCCCCUGCCUGGGCCCCCUCCCCACUCCGCACCUCCCAAAGUGUCUCCCACACCGCUACCCACCCCUACCCACACCUCCCGCCUCACCUCUCCCUUCCUUCACACGCCCCCCCCCAUUGCCCCUCACACUUCACACGCCUUGCGUCGCCUCUGGCCCUCCAGUCUCCUCAGAUGGGAGCAGGGCGCGUGAUGGUGGUAAAAAUAACUGAUGGUGUGAACGGGGGACGAGGGAGGAGGGAGGCCGGGCCCCAAGGGACCCUUGGAGUUGAGGGCAGAGAGGUGCCAGUCUCCUGAGCCCCAGAGAUGGGUUCUGACCCCGCCCCUUCCCCCUCCCUCACCGGUUCUGGGAGGCCCUUUGCUCACAGUCUUGCUCUCUAGGGUCAUCUCCAUCCGGCUUAUACCCGGCGAACCACACCGGGUGGAGGAGCUCACGGAGCGGUCCUGGCCGCCACCCGAGAUCCCCCUCUGCGCCCUCAGGGAUGCCUCUUCACCCUGGCUCCUUGGCCCGCUGCCUCCCCCCUGUCCCCAGUCCGUGGGGGCUUCUCUGAGUCCCCGCCCCUGUGUCCAAGCCCCCAUGGCGGCAGGCAGUGCGGCAGGGAGCCGGGGCCGGCCGCAGCGGGUGAGCAUGCAGGAGCACAUGGCCAUCAACGUGAGCCCCGGCCCCAUCCGGCCCAUCCACCUCAUUUCCGACUAUUUCCCACACUUCUACCCCUUCGCUAAGCACACCCUGCGCACCCCAGACCCACACCCUGCAGUGACCCCUGCACCCCAGCAGCAGGCGGAGCCAGAGCCAGAGGGAGAUUCAGAUGACAGCACUGCCCUGGGCACCCUCGAGUUCACACUGCUCUUCGAUGCGGACAACAGCGCCCUGCACUGCACGGCUCACCGAGCCAAGGGUCUCAAGCCACCAGCCUCAGGCUCUGUGGACACCUACGUCAAAGCCAAUCUGCUGCCAGGAGCCAGCAAGGCCAGCCAGCUGCGGACCCGCACGGUUCGGGGCACAAGGGGGCCCGUCUGGGAGGAGACCCUCACCUAUCACGGCUUCACCCGCCAGGAUGCUGGGCGAAAGACGCUGCGGCUGUGUGUGUGUGAGGACCCACGGCUGCGGCGACGGCGGCGGGCGCCCCCCCUGGGGGAGCUGCGGGUGCCCCUGAGGAAGCUGGUGCCCAACCGAGCCAGGAGCUUCGAUGUGUGUCUGGAGAAGCGGAAGCUGACCAAGAGGCCCAAGAGCCUGGACACCGCCCGUGGCAUGUCCCUGUAUGAGGAGGAGGAGUCGGAGGCGGCAGGGGACGAACGCGGGCGCAUCCUGCUGUCACUGUGCUACAGCUCUGGGCAGGGCGGCCUGCUGGUGGGGGUGCUGCGCUGCGCCCACCUCGCCCCCAUGGACGCCAAUGGCUAUUCGGACCCCUUCGUCCGCCUCUUCCUGCAUCCAAAUGUGGGGAAGAGGUCUAAAUACAAGACCAGUGUUCGGAAGAAGACCCUGAACCCUGAGUUCAAUGAGGAAUUCUUCUAUGCAGGCCCAAGGGAGGAGCUGGCCCAGAAGACGCUGUUGGUGUCUGUAUGGGACUAUGACCUGGGCACAGCUGACGACUUCAUUGGCGGGGUGCAGCUGAGUAGCCACGCCAGCGGGGAACGCCAGCGGCACUGGUGCGAGUGCCUGGGCCUCAGUGACUGCCGACUGGAGCUGUGGCACCCGCUGGACGGUGCGCCCCUCCAGCUCAGCGACUAGAAGGGGUGUCCCGCCUGGCCCUGCUCACACCCAAGCGGACCCACACAGCUGGGAGGCCCUGCAGCCGCCUCACCCACCGUGCCCAGCCCGCGUCAAAUCGUCUGCUCCCUUACCCCUCCUUUCAAAUUCACCCCGCUGCCAAUCAUGGAGAAUAAACUUCCCAACCAGACCA